GAUCCCUGUGGUAGAACCCGGCUUUUCACGCGCUGUCGAAGCAGACAUGAGUUCCAAAGUCACCCGUAAAAUUUACUUUUGUGGGAGUAUUAGAGGCGGGAGAGAGGAUACCACCCUUUAUAAGCGUAUUAUAGACCAACUCAAAUCAUAUGGCGAGGUGCUAACCGAACAUGUUGGUGAUUUAGAGGCGCAAGAGGAAGAAUUAGGUGAUGACUACUAUAUCCAUGAAAGAGACAUCAAUUGGCUUUUCUCCUCAGAUGCUGUGGUAGCAGAGGUGACGCAACCGUCUUUAGGUGUUGGUUAUGAACUAGGUAGAGCCCUUGAGCACAAGAAAAAUGUACUCUGUCUAUAUCGACCGCAACCUGGAAAACGCCUGUCUGCAAUGAUCAAGGGAGCUGAGAAUGGCAAGAACUUCUUUGUGAAGGAAUACAAGGAGGAAGAUGUCCCGGACCUUUUGAAGAAUUUCUUUACAUCGUUAUAACAACACAAAGGAGUUUUUAUAUAAUUAAAUAUUUAUAGUGAAUAAGUGGUCUUUGCACAUCAUAGGGUUUAGAAAUCAAGAUGUUAUCUCUUGACUAAGCAGUCACAUCUUGCCAGUCCAUAAUUUGUUUAUCCUUAUAGGAUUCUUACAGGAAGCACCUUAGCAGGAAAUUCUUUUUUUCUGAAUCCAUUGUAAGCCAGUUUGCCAUGCACUGAGAACAAUAUGUACAAUGUGUAAACUCUUUAAACAUGAGGUUCCACUAUAAGGGAAUGCCCCUCCCACCUCCAGGCUCAAGAACAAUCAGUUAUCAAUCAGCUGUCAAUGAGUCAACAUGACCUUGCGCUAAAUUCAAAUUCUACCAAAUAUCAUUUCUAGAGUUGUUCACCUAAAAUGUUGUAAAAUAAUGCUAUACCAAGCUGUGUGCGCUCUAAAAUAAGAGCAUUUUCAUCACAGCAAGAGAAUUAUUUAUGCAGAUCCGUUAUAUUAUGGAUAGUGCAAAAUUUAACAUUUUGCACCGAAAUGGUGAGUGGAUAGCAAGUCACUAAUUCAUCAAUCUUUUAACACAACUGUCUUGAUACCUGUGCAAAAAUAGUUUUAUUUCAACCGACUUAGGCUCAGAGAUAAGCAAUUUUGCAGGAGACUCAUAAUUUGACUGCUAGCGUGGAAUUGUUCUCAUUAUAGUUGAAAAUUUGAGCCAAGAGGUAGGAGGAGCUUCCUCGUGUUUAAGCUGGACAUGCCCCUUGAAAUGUUAAGAAUUUAAAUGCCUUCAGGGGCAUAGCCAGAAUUUCUAAAAUGAGGGGGCCCAAAAGGCUGUUUUAAGAAAUUUUCUUCUGAAAUUCAAAUGUCUCAUACAUUCACUAUAUUUUUGGCUGCUAGUAGGGGGAGGGACCCUUGCCUCUUAGGCCCUCCCCCUGAUUACACCCUUGGCAUUAUUCCUAUUGUUUCAGUAACAAACAAUACACAAGUCAGUUUUAAUUUUUACAUUUUCACUGAUAAGAAUGAAUACAAAUUUAUGGUAAUAAAUAUGGUAGAAACAAUGGAAAAUUCAAAAGCAUUACAUA